AUGGCGAAGUUAAACUGUGUGAAUCUGGACGUGUUUUUAGAGAAGUUUUCGUCUCUGGAGGAGACCAUCACAAAGGUGCAGUGUGCAAACAGCAUGUUCCAGCUCAAGUCGGAGGACUCAGGACGUGCUCUAAAACAUAGUCAGAGCAAAGAGAAGGCGCUGCUGCAGGAGCGAGACUGCCUCCUGGGGACAGUGAAGGAACUGCAGCAGAGUCUGGAGGCACAGUGCCACGUAAGAGUGGAGAAGGACAGACUGCAGAAUGAACUGGAGGAGAUAAAGAAAGAGGAGACCAAGAAAGCUCAGGAGGCUGAGGGUGAGGUGCAGAGACUCGUGGCUGAGAUGAGAGCCAAAGCAGACCACCACCAGAUGGAGCUGGAGGCUGUGAGGCUCCAGUGCAGGAGGGAUGUGGAGGAGGCACACGCACAGGCUGCACUCAAGAUGGAGGCAAAAGAGGUAGAUAUGAAGAGGACGCUGCAGCAGAAGGAGCAGGAGGUGCAGGAGCUGUGGAGCAGACUGAGGGAGCAAGAAAAAGAGCACACCAGUGACAUAUUCAAACUGCAGAUAGAGUUUGGAGCGAAACUGACCCGUGUUCAGAGCUCUGUCCAAAUGAACCAACAGCAGCGUGGGGCCAACCUCCCUCAGAACAUUUUUAGGAGGAAGCUUCAGCUCUUUCAGGAGGAGAAGAAUAAGGAAGUGGCAGCUCUGCGACAGCGAAUCAGAGAGCUGGAGCAGGGUCAGAUGACUGGGCUCAAACGCAAGAAGGAAGGCGUGUUCAGAGUUGUUCUUGCACGUUCCUCAGCUCCCUCCCAGAGACCCUCCAGAAGCAGAGUCCUCCUGAGCGGCAUGAAGCAUGGACUCUGUGAGAACAUGGACCUUCAGCUGUGGAGAUGA